GUUCCAUAAUUAAAUGCAGCUCUUGAAAGAUAGCGUGGAAAAACCAAAUUUGGUAAAGUUGAUUGUCUCAUGUCCCCAUUCAAUGGAGGCUUGAGUUCAAACCUCGUGAAGAGCGAUUCGGAGUUCUGGUUAUAGAUAGCUUUUAAACCCCCAAUUAAUCAACAUACUAAUAUCCCAGCAACCAGGUGAUGUAUAAAGUGUGAAAAAAAAGAAAGAAAAGUAGUGGAAGACUUCAAGUCUUCAAGCAGUGCCAUUCACAACCAUCUGUUCAUCCCAAAGGUUUGCAAUAAUUCAUACUCUUGCCUGCAAAAACCUGAGUCAUUUUUCCACACCCCUAAAAAUGUCCGAGUCAAACCCAACUCACCCAACUCGGAGGACCACCACCAUCUUUUCUCGCAAAACCUUCCUACUGUCCCUUCUGGUCCCCAUAACAGCCGCCGUGAUCCUCUACCAGCUCGACUCGUUCGACCCGGCUCCUCUCCCCACCCACGAGUUCUCUGGUCAGCCCGUUUCCGUCCCGCUGCAAAACCCACAUUUGCUCCACGGGUCGGAGCGGAUCGGGGAAGGCCAGCUGUUGGGACCAGAAGACCUCGCUUACGACCCGAAAACGGGAGUCAUAUACACGGGUUGUUAUGACGGGUGGAUCAAGCGAGUCACGGUGAACGAGUCCGCGACGGACUCGGUGGUGGAGAGCUGGGUCAACACCGGUGGCAGACCUCUUGGGCUAGUUCUGGGACACGACGACGACGUUAUCAUUGCUGACGCCGAUAAGGGGCUGUUAAGAGUGACUGGAGACGGCCAGCUUGAAAUGUUGACAAACGAAGCUGAGGGCGUGGAAUUCAGGCUAACCGACGGUGUUGACAUUACGGAUGAGGGAAUGAUUUAUUUUACUGAUGCAUCAAGCAAACACAACUUAAAUGAGGUCACAUGGGAUAUGAUGGAAGGUAGACCUUACGGUAGAUUCUUGAGCUAUGAUCCCUCAACCGAACAGACCCAAGUGCUGGUGAGAGAUCUCUACUUUGCUAAUGGAGUUGCUGUCUCACCAGAUCAACAGUUUGUAGUCUUUUGUGAAACCCUAAUGAGGAGGUGCAAAAGGUACUAUAUACAAGGCGAAAAGAAAGGUUCUGUUGAUAUUUUCAUUGAUAAUUUGCCUGGCAUUCCUGACAACAUACGGUAUGAUGGAGAAGGCCUAUACUGGAUUGCACUAGCCUCGGGAACUACAGUUGCUUUGGAUCUAGCACAGAGAUACCCUUUUAUCAGAAAGGCUAUGGCAAUGGUGGAGAAAUACAUAGAGACGCCCCAUAUGGAGAAAAACUCCGGGGUUUUUGCUGUUGAUUUGGAAGGAAAACCGCUUGCACAUUAUUAUGACCCCGCAUUGUCACUAAUUACUGGUGGAAUAAAGAUCGGGGAGCAUUUAUAUUGCGGUUCACUACUUAGACCUCACAUUAUUCGCCUCAAUCUAACUCGGCAUCCUGCUGUAUCCGGUACCGUAACGAAGUUUUGAAUAAUACACUUGUUAGUGUAUGUAAUCUUUUAGUGUCAAUUGAAUUCUGUUCGACUCUAAUCACGGGUUACUGAGGCUGAAUAAUGAGGUGACCAUAAGGAAUUGCAUUCAA